GUGGCAGCCUACUGAUAGGACCGCAUCUAGUCACACAGGUGUCUCAUCCAAACUCUAUCAACAUAUCGAAAUCUAAAAUAUAGUUAUUCCAGUGGCAGUGACAAUGGAGUGCAGACGACACGUGGCGACGCUCUGGGUUCUGUGCCUGCUAGGGAACGCGUUCUGUGUGCCAGCUGGAGAAAGAAGAAGGCGAGGCUACGCCGAAAAUGAACUUGACUUUCCGAAGGAAUCAGCCGUGCCUGAGGGGAGUAGUGAUUCGUUGUCAAAAUCACCCGAGGACGUGUCUCCUCCACCUUCCACCAGCACGCUGGACCCCUUCGACGACGACGACGAUGAUGACGACGCCGUGUUCAGCGAGCCCAUGCAAACUUCCUCCACUGGAGGCAGCAACAUUCUGAGCCUGCUACGGCUGGCUGGAGCCCUGUUCCCUAGUUCUAGUGGGGCCACUCCAUUUCUACGAAACAUAAUGCGAGAAAUACUGGCAUACAACCAAGGCCACCUAAUCCUUCGGCGUAGCGUUAAAGACAAUGAAAUUGAGAUUGACGAAAUAAAGGGUUUAAAACCGCCCCCUUUCCAACGCCAAGAGACCGAAGAGGACAGCCAAGAAGACAGUUCGGAUAGCGAAGACUCUAAUGAUGAUGAUGAUUCCAACGGUGAUGACGACAAUGGUGAUGAAGAACGGAAUAAAGGAGAGGAAGAGAGUUUAGAGAAUGGUGAUGACAAUUCAAAGGCGUCGGACCAAGAGCCUGAUGACGAUGAUUUCUCAGACGAACCUCCUGAAGGAGACGGUCAGGGUGGAGGUAUUUUGGGAUUAUUGGCGUCUUUGAGUGGUGAUGAAGACGGUCAGUCUGAUCUGGGAUCUCUUUUGGCUACAGUUAGUGGUAUAGUUGUAAACCUCAGCGGUGAUGGAAUUGACAUCAAUGCACUUAUUGCAUCUGGUCUAGGACUUUUCGUAGGAUUACUGUCUGAAGGUGAAGAAAACCCCGGAGCUGUGAUCGCAAGCUAUCUCCUGACAUCUCUUGAUACGCUUACCGGCGGUGGAGCUCAAAACAAUGGAGCUUUCUUCGGAAAUCUAGUAUCAAAACUAGUAAAAGGCACGAGUGCGGCUGGAGACCCAGACGCGAGUUCCGAAGAAGGAGGCGGCAUGCAAAUGGCGGACUCCGCUGGCUUCUUCCUCAGCCUCGUGAUGUCUCUACUCGGAGACAUGUCAAAGAGUAGUUCGGGGGGCAGCUCCCAUCCCUGGAGGAGAUACCUCGAUGAACGGAACUUGAGAUUCGAAAAGAAUAUGAAACGUUGA